UGGACAUCUCCCCUGGCUGACAAGGUAACUUAGAGUUUGGUAAGAUUGGUGGAGGAGUCCAUGACUCGCUGUUCCUAUGUUUUAUUGGCCCAAAACCCCUCCGUCUCGAGGACAAAGGAGGUCGCCGGGGUGCCCAUUCGCACACCAAGUGAAGACGCACACAACGUCCGCAAAUAGGACGCUCCUCAUCACACUUAACCCUUUUACCAACACAGGUUCGGCAGCCAUCUUUCGAGCGUUUGCCGCGCUCUACGCGUUUCCGACGGGGCCGAACAGCAUCGCCCUGAUCCAUUGAGCCUAGGAAGACCCUGUACUCUGCAUGCUGGUAUUGUUU